AAAAUAAAGAGAGUUAUUCUUAUUUCUUCUCUUGAGAUGAUUUACAAGGAAAGAAAUCCAAAUUUGCUCCCAAUUUCAUAUUAGAAAAUAAAUACAUCAAAUCUUGAUAUCAUUAACAAAACGGAAUUACUAAUGAAAUUUUCAAAAUACAAACUCCCUUUUACAAAGAAAAAAAGAGAACAAAGGUGUCCGUCCGUGAGGUUGUAACGGCGAGCAAGCUCCGUUUUCCCACCACCUCGCCAAUAUAUAAACCCCAUCUCCUCUUUCCACCAUUUCCUAAACCCAAAUUCUCUCUUCCACAGUGUCUCCCAGUCAUUCAAUUUCUCGCGAAAAUAAAAAAGCAAAAAAUGCGUGAGAUUUUGCACAUUCAGGGAGGCCAAUGCGGCAACCAAAUCGGAGCAAAGUUCUGGGAAGUGGUCUGCGCCGAGCACGGCAUUGAUUCCACCGGAAGGUACAAAGGAGACAAUGACCUUCAAUUAGAGCGCGUGAAUGUUUACUACAACGAAGCAAGUUGUGGAAGGUUCGUUCCACGCGCCGUUCUUAUGGAUUUGGAGCCUGGGACUAUGGACAGUGUUAGAUCAGGUCCUUAUGGUCAGAUAUUCAGGCCGGAUAACUUUGUUUUCGGGCAAUCUGGUGCUGGUAAUAAUUGGGCGAAAGGACAUUAUACUGAAGGAGCGGAACUUAUUGACUCGGUUCUAGAUGUUGUUAGGAAGGAAGCUGAGAAUAGUGAUUGCUUACAAGGUUUUCAGGUCUGUCACUCUUUGGGAGGUGGAACUGGAUCGGGAAUGGGAACUCUCCUCAUAUCUAAGAUCAGGGAAGAGUACCCUGACAGAAUGAUGCUUACUUUCUCUGUGUUCCCUUCCCCAAAAGUUUCCGAUACUGUUGUUGAACCCUAUAAUGCGACUCUCUCUGUUCACCAGCUUGUUGAGAAUGCAGAUGAGUGCAUGGUCUUGGACAAUGAAGCUCUUUAUGACAUUUGUUUCCGAACUCUCAAACUUACUACUCCAAGCUUUGGAGACCUUAAUCAUUUGAUUUCUGCCACCAUGAGUGGUGUGACUUGCUGCCUCCGGUUCCCUGGUCAGCUCAAUUCUGAUCUCCGCAAGCUUGCUGUCAAUCUCAUCCCAUUCCCGCGAUUGCAUUUCUUCAUGGUUGGAUUUGCUCCACUCACUUCUCGUGGGUCACAGCAAUACAGGGCCCUGACUGUUCCCGAGCUCACUCAGCAGAUGUGGGAUGCAAAGAACAUGAUGUGUGCUGCUGAUCCUCGUCAUGGUCGUUAUCUGACUGCUUCAGCAAUGUUCCGGGGAAAAAUGAGCACCAAGGAAGUUGAUGAGCAAAUGAUUAAUGUGCAGAACAAGAAUUCUUCCUAUUUUGUGGAGUGGAUUCCUAACAAUGUGAAAUCUACUGUCUGUGACAUCCCUCCAACUGGACUGAAGAUGGCCUCAACUUUUAUUGGCAAUUCCACCUCAAUUCAAGAGAUGUUCCGUAGGGUUAGUGAGCAGUUUACAGCAAUGUUUCGAAGAAAGGCUUUCUUGCACUGGUAUACCGGAGAAGGUAUGGAUGAGAUGGAGUUCACAGAGGCUGAAAGCAACAUGAAUGAUCUAGUUUCUGAGUACCAACAAUAUCAAGAUGCAUCAGCUGAGGACGAAGGCUAUGACUAUGAAGACGAGGAGGAAGAAGGUCAAGAAGCUUAAAUAGUUCAGCUCGUGGAGAAUUUUUGUGUUAUGCAAUCUUCCCAGUGUUCAUUCUGUUGAAUCUUGUUUAGGGUUUGGAUUUUUGUUGUGCUUGCAUUGUGGUGGAACAAUUCCUCAAUCCCAUGUAGUUAUAGUUGGUGUUGCUUCCCAUAUCUAUCACUGAUCUAGCUCUUUGAAUUCUAUUAGUACCGAUAGUUUGUGUCUAGGAAUUGUGGCUCAUUUCAAAAACUAUUAUCCCAACGGAAAUGUUACCUUGUACAAAGGCUCGAGAUGAUUAUGUUUUGGUGUGAUUAAGAUAUUGUCAAGCCCUGCUGGCAGUUUUUUUUUUUUUUAGAGAUCUUUGUACAAUUACGACGUCAGUGAGUUUUAUUACUUAAUAGUUAUUUUAUUGUGUGCA